AUGGCAAGCACCCAGACAUCAGACACAUACCCCCUCAUUGAUCUGGAAAAAGACAUAGUGGGAUGGGAGAGUGCAGAUGAUCCGUCAAAUCCUAGGAACUAUCGUGUUCCUCGGAAGUGGUUUUUGAUGCUACUCAUCAGCAUGAUCACGUUCGUCAGUCCGUUUGCCUCUUCCGCUUUCUCCCCCGGAGCGGCCUACGCAGAAGAGGACUUCCAUGUCACAUCUACCAUACUGGGAACUCUGUCCGUGACAGGGUACCUUAUCGGCUAUGUGACCGGCCCACUCGUCUUCUCCCCGAUGAGUGAGAUGUUUGGCCGACGGAUCGUUCUCAGCGGCGCCAAUACCUUCUUCGUCGCUUUCCAGAUUGGCUGUGCGCUGGCCCCUAACAUCUCGGCUUUGAUUGUCUUCCGCUUCCUCACUGGCGUUGGUGGCUCUGCCUGCUUGACAACCGGCAGUGGCGUUAUUGCCGAUCUAUUUGUCGCCGAGCAGCGCGGUAUCGCCAUGGCUUUCUACACCACGGGUGUCCUUAUCGGCCCUGUCUGCGGUCCGCUUCUGGGAGGGUUCAUCGCCCAGCGGGCAGGUUGGCGAUGGGUCUUCUGGGUCCUUGUCAUCGCGGGCGGCACCUUCUCCGCUCUCGUCAUGAUCUUCAACAGCGAAACCAACCCCGUGGUGCUGAUGCGCUGGAAGACAGAACGUCUCCGGAAGGAGCUCAAUCGACCCAACCUCCGCAGCUGCUACGACCAAAUCAAACUCGACGACAAGUCAAACAACAACAUUUCCCUCAGAAAACGCCUCACCAUGCCCUUCUAUCUCCUCGUCCAUUCCCCCAUCGUUGCCCUCGUGGCCCUCUACCUGGCCACCCUCUACGGCUGUCUCUACCUUCUCUUCACCACCGUCUCAACCGUCUUCAAAGACACCUACCACUGGUCCACAGAGAUCAGCGGCCUCGCGUACCUCGGCCUCGGAGUCGGGUCCAUGUUCGGCCAAGCCAUCUUCGCUCUAAUGAGCAACCGGAUCAUCGCGCAACUACGACUGCGCAACAACAAUAUAUUUGAGCCAGAAAUGCGUCUCUCCAUCACCAUCUUCUUCGCCAUCUUCAUCCCCAUCUCCUUCUUCUGGUACGGAUGGUCCGCGCAGGAGAAAACCCACUGGAUUGUCCCCAUCAUCGGUCUCGCGCCGUUUGGCUUCGGCAUGAUCGGUAUCUAUAAUACCCUGCAGACUUAUGUCAUUGAUUGUUAUCCCAGGUAUGCGGCGUCUGCCAUGGCCGCUCUCGUGGUGACGAGGGCGUUGGUGGGGGCGUUCCUGCCGUUGGCGGGACCAAGCAUGUAUGCUUCCUUGGGCUAUGGGUGGGGGAAUUCCUUGCUGGGGUUUGUCACGCUCGGGAUGAUUCCGGUGCCGGUGCUGUUUUACCGCUUUGGGGGGAGGCUGAGGAGGGGGUCGAGGUUGAAUUUGGAGUGA